AUGCAACAACAAGCCUUUUAUCCCAUGCAAACGACACAACAUUUGAUGGAAUCCUCUUUCAAUUAUCAACAGCAAGGAUUUCCGCAACAACAAUCUUCCUAUCAACAGCCUCGAAAGUACAUUGUACCCGAGCAACAAACUCCUUUCCAGGCAGACCCCAAUGCUCUCCAUUCCAUCUUGAACAAUCAACAAUUCCAUUCAGAGCAAUCAUUCAUCGAUCCCUACAAUCUCAAUGCUAGGUAUUCGUAUGUUCCAGGAGGAUCCUCUCACCCGAAAACUCCAGGAAAAUCUCCAUAUUCCAACCAUCAAAUGAUGAUGAUUCACUCCAAUUUGAACAAGGAGAAUGACUAUCAGUUCAACACGAACACUAAUGGAUGCUUAAACACAUCGACCCAUGCGUUUCAAAGACAAUCCAUACUACAACCUAAAACACCAGGAAAAUCGAGCAGCAAUACCUCUUUAAUUUCCAGUACUGCCAUUACUCCUGGCAGGUCUUCUCUCCGCAAGGAAUCGCUGUGCAAAACUGGAGAAAAGAAAUUUUUGCAUACACCAAAGAGAGCGACAGCAGUCUCUAAUCAAUCAAAACCUAAAACUCCAUCCCAUCAUAAAACUUCUCUUCUCAAUACUUCUAGUACGUCCUUCAACAAUAAUAAUAGCACCAAUGGUGGAAUGAGCUCAUUAAAUAAUUCUAUCAUGUUGAGCAAUAACAACUCGAGUAGGAAUGUGAAUGGUAGGACCAAUUCGAGUCAAUCAUCCAAGAGAAACGUGUCAUCUGUAGUCAAAGAGAAUGAUCGAAAAUCUCAAAGAUUCACACAUUCACAAACAAAUCGACAAGCACAAUCAAGUACACACAGCAAACAAAAGCAGUCAGCUCAAUAUUCGAAAGGAGCAAAUACAAGCUGCAAUGAUGGCAUCCAUGGAUUCCUGACCAGCACUGCCUCAUCAUCCAGCUUGAUUUUUGACAAUUGUGACACCUCGAGUGAUGACACCUUCAUGAAUACGACCUUAAAUUCAUCUUUGAAUGACUGCGCGGAACAAGAUAUUUAUCGAUUCCUCGAUGCUCAACUUCAAAAGAGAUCCAGAAAUGACCUCAAGGACAUUCUGGAACGAUACAUCCAACUCCGUUUAAGUUAUUCCCAUAGAGAUGCUGGCGCUGAUGAAACUCUCUUCUCUCGCUCUUUAUCAUCGAAUACCUCAAUAUACGAGAUGGAGAGUGAAGAAACGACUUGUCAAGAAGUUGAUUCUGUUUCAACCCUCACACAACCUUCCGUCUCCACCGCUCCAACCUUCAAUGUAUUCAACACAUCUGCUUCAAAUGGUUCAUGCAACUCCUCUUCUCAAACGUUAGGAGGUUCUCAACAAGUUUCUAAUCUCGCUAAUUCUAAUCAUUCAUCCUCUCGAACGUCCAUUUACUCUCAUUCUGGCCUCAACUCAUCCUUAGUAAGGUAUGAGCCUAGUGACCUCAUCAAGCGAUUGUUGAGAGAGGAGGAGCAACGAUGCCAAAUGAUUUCACAAGUGGUGACGAAUCCUCAUCAACAACAUUAUCUAAGAUGA